AGUGACGCAGCGUUGCAACUAAAAACGAAACUCGAGCGACAGAUGGCCUCGAAACGUUGUCGAGAAAAAUGCUGAAUGGUAUUCGGCAUGCGCGAUCGGAAACGACGUGUCAGGGGACGUGCCACGCCUUGAAAAAAUAGGGAAUCGAAAUCGUGAUCGUUCGUUGCGUUAAAAGUGCGACAUGGACGUCCUCGGCGUUACAUUCCUCGUCUUUCAAUUCGCUUACGCUUACGAAAAUUUAUUGAUCCUACGAGAUAUGAGUAACGAUAAUUCCUGGAAAAACAGCAGAAAAUUGGUAUGUGCCGCCAAAGGCGAUGGGGAUGCUCUCGUAUGGAAUAUCGAGUUAAAUCAGCUGGAAAACUGGUAUUCGUUCAAGAGCAAGGAAUACGAUUUCGGCUUCCAUAGUACAUACGGCUACGAAGAGAGCGUCAUCGAUUGUCGCUUAAGUCCUCAUAAAAAAUGCAAGUGGAAUGCGAACGAGUGGAAAUUCACCAACUCUAUAUCGAGAGCGAUGGGACCGGUAUUGGACGAUCGAUGGGAAGAUUUCAGAGAAUACGAUAAUUUCAAUGAGAUAAAUCAAUUCGUUCCUACGGAGAAAUUGGCGAAAAACGGCGCACUCGUAUUUUCGAUUCGUGGCUCGACGGACGCUCAUAUAUUGCUUUGCGAUGGGGAAAAUUUUCGAAAUUCCUUUUGUUACUGGAUCAUUAUUGGCGGAUGGGGAAACAGGAAAUCAAUAAUACGUAAAUGUCCCCAGGGUAUACCACCGGGUUAUCCAUCGGCCAAAUCUGAAUGCGCCGAAGAAAAAGCUACCAACACGCUCGAUGUAGCAUUGAAUCCAGCGGAAUGGAGACACUUUGUUCUCAGAUGGAACAACGUAACGCGAACGAUAACUCUGUGCAACGAAAAGAAAAUUCUGUUAACGUAUGUAGACCAAGGACUCGUUUUCAACGAUCAAGAGAAUUAUCACAUCUUCCAUAAGAGUUUAAAACCGAUUUUAUUCCGAUAUCACAUAUAUAAUUACGUUUACACGGACAAAUUGAAUACCACUCUAACCAGUCCGAAAAUACCUUUCCAAUAUCAGACUCUCUGUUUCGUACUUUCAAUCGGUCUGUGCGCAAAGUGUAGCAUGAAAAUUUCGGUGAUCGUAUCGAGCAAGUACGUUUCUAAUGAAACACAGACGAUAGUGACAGGAUUCGCGGCGGUCCAUAAAUUAGCGACAUGGCAAUACGUGAAAAUUAAUGCGACUAUUUCGUCGAACGAUAACGACGACGUAACAGUACAAAUCGUACCAAUGAUCGAGAACGAGAAGGAACAAGGCUUUUGGGCGGUCGGAAAUAUCCGAAGCUGUUCUCCGUUAGACGCAACGAGACUCUCUAAAUUGAUGUUGACUAAAAUCUACGAAAAUAGAUACCGUUGGCCCAACGUUUCGUGUCAAAAAAUAUCUUAUAACGAUAACGAAGUCGUUGACGCUAUGCUCGAAGUAUCAGAAUUUCAAAGCAAUGACUUCGACUGUCCAAACGGAAAGUUUUGCUCGACGUCCUGUAAAGACAUAUUCUCCGAGUUCGAGAACGAUUGUAAAAGUAUUGCGAUUUGUGAAAAAACAAGCUGUACGUGUUACAGAGGUUUGACGGGGAAACAAUGUGACGAGCCUUGCGAUGCAAAUCGAUACGGAUAUGCGUGCAAAGAAAGCUGCGGUCAAUGCUUGCAUCAACCGUGUAACUCUGUAACGGGGAUCUGUACGAAUUGGAAAUGCAACAACGACGAUAAACGAUAUUACGUAUCGCCAUAUUGUAAAACAGUAAUCGAAGCGUUGCCACCUCCUACUAUCAACUUUCUAAAUAAAACGUACGUUGGUGCUGGAAUAAUUGCAAAGGACGAGUAUAAGGAGACGAUAACCGAGUAUUGUUUUCUCAUUCGUAACGAUAUAAACGUUUUUAAGAGCGACGUUUGUACGACGUACAACGAGAUAUCUCGAAAUACUACGGCGUUGGAAGCGAACUUUAAAGAUCUGCAACCUGGAACGCGUUAUACGAUCUCGUGCAACUUACGAAUCGGACAAGAGCGUACCGUCAUAGAAGGCCUCUUAACGAACUUUACGACUCCCUGUGAUCAGAAUAUAAAGUUCAACGUUGAGACGAACGAGACCGAUUUAACGAUAACGAAUGAAAUAAUCGGGGAAGUCGAUCAUCCGUGUCCAUUGCGUUGGUACGAUCUUUUCGUUCGGCGAAACGACACGAACGGUAUCAUUUACGAAGGGAAUUUGGCUAGAUUUCCGUUUACAGUAAAAGUCGAGCCUGGCACCAUUUACGACGUAGACGUAAGUGGGAAGGAUUCGCAGAUCUUAUCGCAAAGUAUUCAAACUCAGGACGGAGUACCUUCGCAGGUGACAAAUGUACGAGUUAGAUUAUUACCCAACGAUAAAGCAUCUAUAGAGUGGGAUCCACCGAAGCGGCCAAACGGAAAGAUCGUAAGAUACAAGAUAGAGUUAAAGGUGAAGAUUUAUUUCGGCUGCAGGGAUCACAAGCUACCUUCUGUCCCGAGAUACAUUCAAACAGAAUUUACAACGGUUACUAAUAUCACGUUCUCGGAUUUAUCGGCGUACGCAAGGUAUACAGUCGCGAUUACCGCCUAUACUUCGAAGGAAGGACUGCAAAUGGAAAAAGAAUUUUUCACAGAAGCUACAGAAAUACCACGAUCGAUCCUCGCUCGUUUGAGAUUGGAAAAUAAUCUCUUUAUUUGGGACCUACCGAAGGAUUGUUCGACCAUUUCCGGGCCGAUCAAGGCAACGAGAUUGAUAUUUAGCAGCGUCGACGAUCCCGAAAGCGAUCAAACGAUAGAGAGACAAACGGGCUCGAUGUCGCUCGAUAUCGACAAAGUACCGCUGAACGGCCACGAAAGAUACAAACUACGAGCGUAUCCCAUACGAAAUUAUCACAAAGCUCACAAUAACAGUGCUUACGUGGAACUGACGUUCGUUAGCCCACCGAAAGCUCCGACGUCGGUGAGAAACCUUGAGAUAUACGAAUUCGAUGCUCGCGCAAUGACGAUUUCAUUAAGAUGGCAAGAACCAUUGCCGCCGAAUGGAGAGAUAGAUUACUAUCUCGUCGAAAACUGCUACGGGCGACUCUGCCAGAAUAAGUUCAAAUAUAAAUCAGCGAAUCGACGCUGUACGCUUUGGGACGAUUACGUCUGCUCGAGGAUCAAAUUGUCGAACGAUAUGUAUUCCACGAUAAUCGUGACAACUUACAACAAAAACGUCAGCCAUCCGGGCCAAUCGUCGUACAUCGAUUACAAUCCGUAUGCAAUUGCCGGAAAACCGGACGCACCGAGGAAUUUCACCGUUCGAUUCGGCGACGAAGGCGUCGCGAAUUUGAGUUGGUCUCACCCUUGGAGAACGAGCGUAUCGCUCGCCGAAUUUCUUAUUAGAGCCGAAGUAAUCGAGAGUAACUUGAGAGGAGAGAAUUUCGUUUCGGAUGGGGAACGACGUCGAUCUUGUCGCUAUCGAAUCGUCGAUUAUCGACGAGAGUACGAGACGACUAUGAAUCUGUUAUCGUCGACCGAAUAUCGAUUGAGCGUACUCGCCGUGACCAUCGAUAAGAAAGAGGGUGAGAAAAAGAUCAUCUCGAUUCGUACACCAAACUCUGUCGCUUUCGAGGAGGAGAAAUUGACGUACGCGGUCGUGAGCAAUACGACGAUUCUUCUGAAAAUCCCAAAGGUCGUGAACGAUACUAAAAACAGUACGAUGUACGUCGUGGUAAAGGGUAAAUAUCCGUGCAAGCAAUACACGAGGUUGAACGAGUAUCUGACCAGAGAGGCGAGCGUCAAGCGCGACGAGAGUGCCUGGCUCGCUGCGACCUUUUCCACAGAUCAAUAUUCCGGGAAAGAAUUCUACGUCGGUGACGAUCGGAUCUACGCGAAGGCUAAAAAUUGUCCGUUGAGUCCGGACGAUCUGUAUACGGUGAUCGUGAUAUUGCAAGCCGAUGAGACUUGGUCGCGUCGACUCGUUUUGACGUCGAUUCGCUCGGCUUACGUAUCGAAGCGAUACGAGAUCUGGCCAAUUUUGAUCGUGGUACUUCUCCUCGUCCUUUUCAUUGCAUUUAAUCUUUAUCGAAGACGUACCAGGGAAGGACCGAAGACGAACGUUAUCCUCUUACGCGAGAACGUAGGAACGAGCGAGAGUUUCAAGAAAGUCGUACCUCCGUCGCCGAUUUCGUUUUCGGAAAGGCGUUCCUCCUUGCGCCAAAGCGUCACGACGGACGAGGACGUACCGCGGGUGAUCGAAACGACAGAAAAUGACGAUCCACGUAUGCCGAUCAAGGUGAAGGACUUCGAGGAUUACGUGAGAAAGGCGAUAGAGUCGGGUCUGUUGGACAGGCAAUACGAGACGUUUCCGAGGGGUCAAACGAAGCCGUGGGACUACGGGAAAUUGGCGGAUAAUAAAUCGAAGAAUCGUUACGGAAAUCUCAUAGCGUAUGACGAAACUCGAGUGAUAUUGAAGAAACUCCCGGAUGACCCUUUCUCCGAUUACAUCAACGCUAAUUACAUCAAGGGUUACAAAAAGGAAAAACGUUACAUAGCGACUCAAGGACCAAAGGCUAACACGAUCGUCGAUUUUUGGCGCAUGAUUUGGCAAGAGGAGGUCCUCGUUAUCUGCAUGCUCACUAACGUCGUUGAAAAUGGGAAGAACAAGUGCGAACGAUAUUGGCCGGACAUCGGUAAGAGGAAGAAAUACGGUGACGUAACGGUCCUUAACGCCAAGCACAACGUCUUCGCCGACUACACCUUCAGAAUCUUGCACGUAACGUGCGAUGACGAAACUCGCAAGGUCGAACAUUUGCAUUACACGGCAUGGCCCGAUCACGGAGUACCGAUGUACACGCACUCCGUCGUCACCUACUUGAAGAAACUUUUGGCAACGCAAAUUGGAAACGGACCCAUGGUCGUUCACUGUAGCGCCGGCGUAGGUAGAACCGGGACCAUCGUUUCGUGCGACAUUUGUCUGAGACGCGCAGCGGUCGAGGGGGUCGUCGACGUCUUCUCGGAGACGCGAUCGAUCAGAAACGAAAGGGCCAACAUGGUGAACAAUAAGCAACAAUAUUUGUUCGUUCACUUGGUCCUGAUAGAUUGUCUACUCGCUUUACCAACCUCGUUACCAUGCAACGAAGCCCUACCAACGAAGAUCAAGGAAUUAAAGAAACAAUUGGGAAUACAAUGGCAAAGACUCGAAGACACUGCCUGGCAAAGCGAAGCCCUUCGGCCUCCGAUCUCGCAAACGUCCUUGUCGGAGUCUAACCUAGCCAAGAAUAGAUAUCCAGAAUUAGUAUCAAAAAAAAUCAGCAGAAUAUUCUUGAAAAGAUAUCCGGCGCAGGACGAGGACAGCGAUUACAUAGCCGCGGUUUACGUCGACGGAGUCAGGACACAAAAUCAAUAUCUGUCGAGCCAACUUCCACUGCCAUCCACGUUCAACGACUUUUGGAGAAUGAUCGCCGAAUUUAAAGUCGAGCUCGUCGUCGUUCUACAGCCUCCCGAUACCGACGAUCCCAGCUGUUGUCCUCUCGUUCCGACGACCACCGAGUUUAAACCGACUCCUUAUAUAAACGUGAUUACGAAGGAACUCGUGGAAACGGAAUAUUACGUGUCUCGUAGAUUGACGCUCGUCGAUAACUCCGAGAAACCCAAGACGGAACAUCCGGUAACGAUCUUAACUUGUACGCAAUGGGAAUCUGGGAGAAAUAAGGAUCCUCCACCGGUAAUCGCGUUAGUAACCUUGUGGCAGGCCGCAGGUCGAAUAGCUAGGAUCGAUAGUCCGACGGUCGUACUUUGCCACGACGGCGUAACCGGCUGCGGUGUUUACUUGGCGCUGAGUUUUCUGUUAGAAAGGAUGGCCGUCGAAAGGGAAUGCGACGUUUGCUUGGCCAUUCGAGCGGUAAAACGAUCCAGACCGGAUUUCGUUCGAUCUCUCAAAGACAUGGAGUACUUGUACAACGCGGCGUUAAUAUAUACGGAAUAUUUCGAAACCUAUGCUAAUUUCUCUUAAAAUUGAAACCAACGAGAGCACAAAGAUUACACUCGCUUUAUUGUACGAUAAUAAAUUGAAUAAAGAUGGUAACGCUCAA